AUUUGGACAAUCAAAUAUAUUGUAUAGUUGAAGAAAAUGUACAUAUGUGUAUUUUUGCAGGGCAUCGUGAAACUGGACAUUCCCUUGUUUCCCCACCCCUGAAGACCACCUGACCCACAUACAUGGAGGGUAAAGAAGAGAUCAGUGACACAGACAGUGGUAUCAUUCUCCACUCUGGUAAGGACCAAAUACCUUUAUCAACUUGCAUGACACUAACAUGUAUUCACUAUAAUGGGACACCUGUAGUGAGACAUUAGAGUCAACAUUUUUUCAAACUUGAUAUGUUAUGGGUUUUGUUUUAAAAACCUAUUUGUGUUCCAGUUAUAAUGAAGUAGUUAUGCAAGCAAGCCACAGUUUUAUUUAUUCUUUGGUGCUCCAUUUCUAAGAAGAUGCAGUGGCUACUACCAAUGAUUUCUAUAAACCAGUAGCUGAGCUAUCGCUGAUCACAUUCUUCACCGCAUAUUUUAUUUAGUCACACGCUUUUUCCCCACAUUGGGAGAUUAUCAGUCCAGACAGAAUUGGGGGGGUUUUGUCAUUCAGUGAUUGGUAUGUUUUCUAAUGUUUAUUUUCUCCUGCAUGGUUGCCAUUCCGGUAACAGUUACUGUGUGACGUCUUUGUUUCCCCGUCACACCUGUCUGUCAGUACCUGCAGGGAUUGAGCUGAUAAUCUCUGAAAGCAUGUGACACACGUUGCAGCUGGCCUGGAGACAUUAGUAGCCCUGUGAAUGAACUCAGGGUUUUCGUCCCAAAUGGCAUUCUACUCCCUAAAUAGUGCACUACUUUUGGGCUACCCAUAGGGCUCUUGUCAAAAGUAGUGCACUAUAUAGGGAGUAGGGUGCAAUUUGGGAUACACCCCAGUUGUCAUUAGUCUCUGGCGGUUCUGGAGAGCCACCUAACUAUUCCAGUAGAGCGACAUAUUGUUUAUCACCUUGGUUUCACUCCCAGGUUUCACUCCCUUUCACACUUUCAUGACAGUUUCAGUAUCAGUCAAUAAAACAGUAAACAGUAUGAGUACAGACACUCAUUGUCUCUUAAAAUAACCAUGUCUUGUCUAGGUGUCAUCUUUGCUCACCAUCUUCAACGUUGCUGCUCAUGAGUGGGCAGAACCUCAGGAUUGGAGCAACAUUUUUGGUUGCAUUUGUAUUGCAACCUUUUUUGUUUUAGACAUAGUUUAUUCUUUCCAACCAGUUGGGUUAUCUGUGUGAUACAGCUGCAACCAUAUCAAAUUGACAAGCAAGCAUUACCAAUUGAAAACUUGUGCCAAAAGAUUGUGUCCAGAUAUCUAUAGCCACGCUGUUUUCAAUCCUUAGACCUCACAGUAGCCUCUUUGUCAUUGUGUGUCCCAGGCCCUGAUAGUCCUGCCACAAUUAUGAAGGACAUGACCACUCACACCCGGGCCGUCAAACUCAAGCACCAGUCACUGGAGGACCGGCUAGAGCUCUGCCUACUGGAGCUGAAGAAACUCUGCAUCCGAGAGGCUGUGAGUACCCCUGGAUAUAGUACACACCUUUACACACACACUUUACACACAGACACACUCCACUCUAUCAGGGUUCAGGCCAUUUUCACCAUGACAUCAGUGGAAUUUCCCCAUCAGUGAAACCAUGACCUUGAUGUCGGGGGUGGGGGGUUCAUAGAGAGAUGUUAAUCAAGCUCUGACACAGGCAGAGAGGCCGAUACGUAAGCUUAAUAAUACUGUCAAGAUGUUAAUUAAAUAAUUGCCUGGCACUCUGAAACUACUGAGGCGAUAAAGACUGCCCACAGUCUGAAAUGAAAGGCUUCUUUGGUUUGCUGCUCCUGACCAAUGAUAACACAACUAUCACUUCCCUUUCAGUUAGGCUUAUUUGUUGGGCUUUUAAGUGAGACAAGUUGGGGCAAUUAGGAGGCAGCCAAUGGACCUUAGGUGUCCCUAUUAUACAACACUAAAUUCUCUCUCCCAUAUCUGGAUCUCAGCAACUAAUUCAGCCCUGAGAAUGUCCCUGUCUCAUCCGUCAUCAUUAUGAGGGGCUGCGUUCCAAAUGGCACCCUAUUCCCAUAUGACUCUGGUCCAAAGUAGUGCACUAUGUAGGUAAUAGGGUGUCAUUUGGGAUGUAGACCAGUUCUGAUCAUUAUUUCCUGUUGAAAAUUGGGCUUGGCUCUUCUGUCGGGACUUGUCCUGUCAAGGUGUGCUGCCUGGAAGGAGGAUCUGAUGACACCUCUUCCUGCUCUCAGGAACACGACAGUGACUUAGAUCAUGACCAACCGUUCUGACGCUAUUGUCUGUGUCUAGGAGAAAAAAUGUACCUUUUAUUUAGACUGACUCAAAACAUACACAGGGUAAUAAUGCACUCUCACACUCAGGUUGAGUUUAUGUGCAGCUAGAGAACAGGCCAGUGAGAUGGAUACACUGGGCAGGUGAGGCCCUAAGAAUGUGUUGUGAAAGAGUAGGAACUAUAGAAAAGCAGCAUUGCGUAACAAACACUUGAGAACAAUUUCCAUGUCCCAGCAUGUAAGGCAGGAUAGAUUUUUUAAACAAUAUUUCAAAAUGAAGGAAAAACUAAAUUAACUCUGAGGGUUCAUGGAACUUGGUAGAUUUGGAAGGAAUGGGGACCGAUUGGCUCUGAAGUACAAACUAAUAUAAUAUGUACACUGAACAAAAAUAUAAACGCAACAUGCAACAAUUUCAAAGAUUUUACUGAAUUACAGUUCAUAUAAGGAAAUCAGUCAAUUUAAAUAAAUUCAUUAGGCCUUAAUCUAUGGAUUUCACAUGACUGGGCUGGGGUGCAGCCAUAGAGCCUUGGAGAGCAUAGGCCAACACACUUGGCAGCCAGGCCCACCCACUGGGGAGCCAGGCCCAGCCAAUCAGAAUGAGUUUCACCCCACAAAAGGGCCUGGCUGCCAGACAGAAAUACUCCUCAGUAACCCCCCACCCCUCCUCAGACAAUCCCGCAGGUGAAGAAGCCGGAUGGGGAGGUCCUGGGCUGGCGUGGUUACACGCUGUCUGCAGUUGUGAAGCCGGUUGGACAUACUGCCACAAUCUCUAAAAUGACAUUGGGGGCAGCUUAUGGUAGAGAAAUGAACAUGCAAUUCUAUGGCAACAGCUCUGGUGAACAUUCCUGCAGUCAGCAUGCCAAUUGCAUGCUCUCUCAAAACUUGAGACAUCUGUGGCAUUGUGUUGUGUGACAAAACUGCACAUUUUAAAGUGGCCUUUUAUUGUCCCCAGCACAAGGUGUACCUGUGUAAUGAUCAUGCUGUUUAAUCAGCUUCUUGAUAUGCCACACCUGUCAGGUGGAUGGAUUAUCUCCGCAAAGGAGAAAUGCUCACUAACAGGGAUGUAAACAAAUUUGUGCACAAAAUUUGAGAAAAAUACGCUUUUUGUGCGUUUGGACAAUUUCUGGGAUCUUUUAUUUCAGCUCAUGAAACAUGGGACCAACACUUUAAAUGUUGCGUUUUAUAUUUUGGUUCAGUGUAUAUUAAAGGGAUACUUCGGGAUCAAACUGCACACAGAGACAUAAAAAUGGUAUCCACAAAUUAAUAUAACUCUGGGGAAGUAGAGAAAGGGAUUCAUUGCCAAAAUCCCAAGGUUUUUUCUUUAACAUACAGUGCAUUCGGAAAGUAUUCAGACCCCUUCCCUUUUUCCACAUUUUGUUACGUUACAGCCUUAUUCUAAAAUUGAUUAAAUAAAAUGUUCCCUCAUCAAUCUACACACAAUACCCCAUAAUAACAAAGCAAAAACAGGUUUUUAGAAAUGUUUGCAAAAAAAUAAAUAUAAAUACCUUAUUUACAUAAGUAUUCAGACCCUUUGCUAUGAGACUCGAAGUUGAGCUCAGGUGCAUCCUGAUUCCAUUGAUCAUCCUUGGUAUGUUUCUACAACUUGAUUGGAGUCCACCUGUGAUAAAUUCAAUUGAUUGGACAUUAUUUGGAAUGGCACACAUCUGUCUAUAUAAGGUCCCACAGUUGACAGUGCAUGUCAGAGCAAAAACCAAGCCAUGAAGUCGAAGGAAUUGUCCGUAGAGCUCCGAGACAGGAUUGUGUCGAAACACAGAUCUGGGGAAGGGUACCAAAAAAUGUCUGCAGCAUUGAAAGUCCCCAAGAACUCAGUGGCCUCCAUCAUUCUUAAAUGGAAAAAGUUUGGAACCACCAAGACUCUUCCUAGAGCUGGCUUCACAGCCAAACUGAGCAAUCGUGGGAGAAGGGCCUUGGUCAGGGAGGUGACCAAGAACCCGAUGGUCACUCUGACAGAGCUCCAGAGUUCCUCUGUGGAGAUGGGAGAACCUUCCAGAAGGACAACCAUCUCUGCAGCACUCCACCAAUCAGGCCUUGAUGUAGAGUGGCCAGACGGAAGCCACUCCUCAGUAAAAGGCAUGACAGCCCACUUGGAGUUUGCCAAAAGGCACUUAAAGGACUCUCAGACCAUGAGAAACAAGAUUCUCUGGUCUGAUGAAACCAAGAUUGAACUCUUUGGCCUGAAUGCCAAGAGUCACGUCUGGAGCAAACCUGGCACCAUCCCUACAGUGAAGCAUGGUGGUGGCAGCAUCAUGCUGUGGGGAUGUUUUUCAGCGGCAGCGACUGGGAGACUAGUCAGGAUCGAAGGAAAGAUGAACAGAGCAAAGUAGAGAGAGAUCCUUGAUGAAAACCUGCUCCAGAGCGCUCAGGACCUCAGACUGGGGCGAAGGUUCACCUUCCAACAGGACAACUACCCUAAACACACAGCCAAGACAACGCAGGAGUGGCUUCGGGACAAGUCUCUGAAUGUCCUUGAGUGGCCCAGCCAGAGCCCGGACUUGAACCUGAUCGAACAUCUCUGGAGAGACCUGAAAAUAGCUGUGCAGUGACGCUCCCCAUCCAAACUGACAGAGGAUCUGCAGAGAAGAAUGGGAGAAACUCCCCAAAUACAAGUGUGCCAAGCUUACCCAAGAUGACUAGAGGCUGUAAUCGCUGCAAAAGGUGCUUCAACAAAGUAAAACAUUUUUUUAUACAUUUGCUAAAAUGUCUAAAAACCUGUUUUUGCUUUGUCAUUACGGGGUAUUGUGUGUAGAUUGUUGAGGCAAAUAUAUAUAUUUUUUUAAUACAUUUUAGAAUAAGGCUGUAACGUAGCUAAAUGUGAAAAAGUCAAGGGGUCUGAAUACUUUCUGAACGCACUGUACAUGAUUUUUGUUGUGUUGAAUUAACAGAAUAUGAUUCCUCAUAUUUUAACCAGCUUACAUCUGGUGUUUUUUUACCAUGUCUUAUAGGAGCUGACUGGUCGGCUGUCUGCAGACUACCCUUUGCUGCCUGGGGAGAAGCCGCCUCAAAUUCGCCAACGUAUCGGAGCUGCCUUCAAACUAGACGAGCAGAGCAUCCCACAGGGAACAGUGGUAAAGAGCCUGACAGGGUUUUGGCAUGGACACUUGUCAUUUACACUGACUCUCCCUUUAACAGUAGUUGUAAAAGCCACACACACAUGUGUACUUAAUACUGAAGGCCACUCCCGUGGUUCCCCUUGGGAGAAAUGUAGUUUCUCUAUUCAAGCCAUCGCCACCUUCCAUGGCACCAACCAUCAAUAAUCAGGCUUCUGUCAUCGUAAGAGAUCUUUAAUUUUAAGCCACUCAUGUUUGCCCAACCUCCUUUUGUCAACUCCUGUAGAACUCUGAGCUGAACUCUGUGGAAGCUGAGCUAUCCCUGCAGCUGCAGAUAUACAAAGCAGUCCAAAGACUCUGCUGUGAGGAACACCAGAGCAAGGCGGUGAAGAGAAGCCGGUUACAGCAGUGCAAGCGUGAGGAGAAGAAAGUCAAACAACUGCAGGAAACAGCGUUUCAGCUGCGCCUACAGCACGGACGGACAUCACCACGGCCAGGCUGCACCAGCACACAGAGAGGUGAGCUCCGCGCUACUGGCCGACUGAUAAAAUAACAUUGAAAUCUCUCCUCUCUGACCUGAGAGGAAUGGAAUUCCAGUGCCGUUUCCAUGGAUUAAUACAGUUGUUUGCUUUGCUUUUGUUUCCAGAUCAGGGCACUUCUGAUGAUAGCUCUCUGUCGGAUUCGGCGCUGCUCGACGAAGGUUAGAGUCACUAUGUGCAAAAACUACUCUUGUACAAGUUAUAUGGAUAAGCAUGCUAUGACAAUACCACCAAAGUACCUAAUAACUCUCUGAAUUUAAUUGUAUCUCUACUUUACUCCAGAAGAGGUGAUUAGUCAGUCAUCUCAACCAUCUGUGGAGCCCCCUCACCUAGGAGGACCAGCAGAUCCUCCCCAGCCUCCCCCAGGCCCCUCACACCCCCCUGGGCCUAGCCCCCACCAGCCUCCCACUACUACUCCAACCCUGGAGGAGCUACAGUCCCGUUUCAACACCAGCCUGGAAUUGGAGCCCCCUCCCAUCGAGCACUCCCCCUGGACCGAGUCCAGUCUAGACCAGCCUUACCAGAAGAUCAAGAAGAAGUCACGCUCCGGUAGCAGCAGGUCAAGGUAAAGGCCAAGGGGGAACCCACUGUGCCUCCUGUAAUUUUAUAUGAACGCUACCCUUGAAUUUAUUGUACAGGAAAGCCCAAGAAUAGCCAUAAUUGAAGCUUCAUGGGUUGGUGAAAGCUCUCUUAAAUACAAAUCAUUAUGGCUUGGUAAUUGUUUCCAUGUAGCCUAAUAUAAGAUUGCCUUGACUUUUUGAAUUCAUGCAGCUCCAUAGUUGAACCCAAAUAGAUCUACCUUUAUGAGAAACCACAAGGUCAGGAAUCUGCUUUGGCAGCACUUAUCUGAAACGUAAACUCCUCCAUUUGAUAUUUGAAAAAUGAGAGUUCCUUUUCAUGUGGUUUCUCUCAAGUUGGCAUUAAUACGUACUUUGUUAUUUUGGGAAGGAUGUUACUCAGGAACAUUUUGAUUCAAGUCGCGACUCGUCUUUGAGAGACAGCUCAAAUAGACUAAUAAAUACAAGGGCACAUGGAACAGGUUCAAGCGUGCAAAGUACAUGCACUCAUUUGGCCAACUCAUGGCCUGUUUUUCCUCUGACUAAAAACAUUUUUAGGGUUUAGUCAUUAAACCAGUUCUCUCUCCUUCCUGUCCAUGUUACAUUUCUGCAGUAGUCCAGCCGUGACCCCUGUGUUGCCUCCAGUGGAAGCCUGUUGUGGAGACACGGCCCUGCCGCUGCAGUUCUCCUCCCAUCUAAGACUGUGCUACACCCAGUCCAACAGCGCCCCAUCCACCCCGGAGAUGCACCUUCGCCGCCAGCUCUCUCUCAGGUCAGCACGUUUAAAUGUUUUACAUUUAUAUUUUGGUAGAUGUUCUUAUAGAGCGACUUACAGUAAGUGCAUUCAACUAAGGUAGGUAAGACAACCGCAUAUCACAGUCACACAGCACCACUGUCCACCAUUUUAUAUCUCAUCCACUCUGUCCCCACACCGCUUGAAUCUUGAGACUGUCUCACUGUAUCUUACAAAUGAGUUUGGAUAUUUGUACUGUUUUGGCCUUGUUUGUAAUGCUUCUAUGUAAUAUUUUACAGACUCCCCAACAGUGAGCCUCCGUUGAAACUGGAUAAGGAUCGAGGUCGCACCCGUGUUCCCAGGAGGCGACUGAUGGAUUACGUGGUAACGUCUCCAGCCGAGUCCCCUGUCCAGAGGGGAGGCUAUGGAAACCCCAUAUACCACUCCAGCUCUGAGACUGAGGACAGUAACUCUGAACACUCUGCCCCAUCCUACACCAGCUCCCCGUGUCGCGAGAUGCCCUGUGACCUGCCCAGGCAGUGUCAGCCCACCUAUAGGUACCAACACUCCAGCCCCAAUGACAAUCAUCGACCAAUGGCCUACCCCCUAGGCCCCGGCUUCUACCAAAACACCCAGCACCAGUCCAGCCCCAGCUUCCACAGGGAUUACUAUAACGAUGGGAUGGUCUACCCUUCAGAGAUGGACAUGACCAGGUUGUAUCAUGGCCCCCCGCCCCCCUGUCACGCCAGCCAGUAUGAGCACUGGUAUGAGGAGGCCCCUGUGCACCCCCAGCGGGCUCUCAGGCCCCUGCCCCCUCACAUCAGACUGUCCCGCGCACCUUCGCUCCGGGAGUACCCCCACCACUCCUCCAGAGGUCUCCCCCAGCAGGUGGUAAACGAGGAGCUCAAGUCGUGGCACCAGCGCAAGCAGUUCAGACCUCACUCCCUGGACAGACAGGGCGCGGUCAGGAUGAGGAAUGUACAGGGCCGCGAGUCACCUCUCUCCCAGCACAAUAAGUACCAUGAACAGGUAAACCGCCACGACGGCACUUCACUUACUACAUGAUUGCAAUGUAGUUGCCCAAUUUGAAGUUAUUGCCUUUGCGGAAUUACUGUUAGCACUGGAUUAUAUUACUGUCAGGUUGGUGUCACUUGGUGCCCCGCAGGCUUUAGAGGAGAAGGGAAUUUCUAAUCAGUUAAGAUGGAUGCUACUGGGGUGCUGUGUCCAGGCCUGUCUGCAAGUUCCAUGGAAUCAGAACUCUUUAAAAUGUUUGUGUCGUAUAUUAAUGCAGUCUUUACAAGCAAACUUACUUUGCGUUCUACUGAACUGUGUGAGUUUGGCAAUCACACCUGACAAGUAUUACCUCCAUGAACUAGUAAGCACACUAUGUGAGGACAGGAGUCACAGGACAACACGCAACUCUCAAUGAUACUUGUCUCAGCACGUUUUAUGACAGGGGUAGGCAAACCUGUUCCUGGAGUGUCGCAGGUACUGCAGGAUUUUGUCUCAACUAGGCACCACACGGAGCUACUAAGUUAAUUGAUCAGUUCAGUGAUUGCCUAAAUUCAACACUCCUGGUCUUCCAGGUUGGUUAAAUCAAAAACAUGAAGUGCCUGCAGCAUUCCAGGACCAGGGUUGCCUACCCCUGUUUUAUGACUUUCAAUGAUUGUUUUUAAUUGUUUAGGAGCCACCGUUCACACAAUAUCGUUUUUAUGGUCCCAUUGUCCAAGGGCAAUAUGCACACUCACUGAAUUGCAUUGAGAGAGAGAAACGUUGAUACAGUGUGGGCCCUGGUCAAAAGUAAUGCACUAUAUAGGGAAUAGAGUGCCAUUUGGGAUGUACACACUGUAUUCCAGCUAUGCCCCAUGGAUCUCCUUACUGCUGUUUUGUCAGCCUCACAAAUGGCUCGCACUUUGACCCUGAGUUUCGCUUCAGGACGCAUCUUAUUUACUUACAUACAGUGCAUUCAGAAAGUAUUCAGACCCCUUGACUUUUUCCACAUUUUGUUACGUUACAGACUUAUUCUAAAAUGGAUUAAAUUACAAAUGUUCCUCAUCAAUCUACACAUAGUACCCCAUAAUGACAAAGCAAAAACAGAUUUUUCAAUUUUUUUGCAAAUGUAUUAAAUAUACUAAACAGAACUUCAUAUUUAAAAUGCAAAACAGUAUUCAGACCCUUUGCUAUGAGACUAGAAAUUGAGCUCAGGUGCAUCCUGUUUCCAUUGAUCAUCCUUGAGAUGUUUCUACAACUUGAUUGGAGUCCACCUGUGGUAAAUUAAAUUGAAUGGACAUGAUUUGGAAAGGCACACACCUGUCUAUAUAAGGUCCCACAGUUGACAGUGCAUGUCAGAGCAAAAACCAAUCCAUGAGGUCGAAGAAAUUGUCCGUAGAGCUCCGAGACAGGAUUGUCGAGGCACAGAUCUGGGGAAGGGUACCAAAUAAUGUCUGCAGCAUUGAAGGUCCCCAAGAACACAGUGGCCUCCAUGAUUCUUAAAUGGAAGAAGUUUGGAACCACCAAGACUCUUCCUAGAGCUGGCCGCCUGGCCAAACCUGAGCAAUUGGGGGAGAAGGGCCUUGGUCAGAGAGGUGACCAAGAUCCCGAUGGUCACACUGACCGAGCUCCAGAGUUCCUCUGUGAAGAUGGGAGAACCUUCCAGAAGGACAACCAUCUCUGCAUCACUCCACCAAUCAGGCCUUUAUGGUAGAGUGGCCAGACGGAAGCAACUCCUCAGUAAAAGGCACAUGACAGCCCGCUUGGAGUUUGCCAAAAGGCACCUAAAGGACUCUGACCAUGAGAAACAAGAUUCUCUGAUCUGAUGAAACCAAGAUUGAACUCUUUGGCCUGAAUGCCAAGUGUCACGUCUGGGGGAAAUCUGGCACCAUCACUACAGUGAAGCAUUGUGGUGGCAGCAUCAUGCUGUGGGGAUGUUUUUCAGCGGCAGGGACUGGGAGACUAGUCAGGAUUGAGGGAAAGAUGAACGGAGCAAAGUACAGAGAGAUCCUUGAUGAAAACCUGCUCCAGAGCGCUCAGGACCUCAGACUGGGGCGAAGGUUCACCUUCCAACAGGACAACGACCCUAAGCACACAGCCAAGACAGCGCAGGAGUGGCAUCGAGACAAGUCUCUGAAUGUUCUUGAGUGGCCCAGCCAGAGCCCGGACUUGAACCCGAUCGAACAUCUCUGGAGAGACCUGAAAAUAGCUGUGCAGCGACACUCCCAUCCAACCUGACAGAGCUUGAGAGGAUCUGCAGAGAAGAAUGGGAGAAACUCCCCAAAUACAGGUGUGCUAAGCUUAUAGCGUCAUACCCAAGAAGACUCAAGGCUGUAAUCGCUACCAAAGGUGCUUCAACAAAGUACUGAGCAAAGGGUCUGAAUCCUUAUGUUAAUGUGAUAUUUCAGUAUUUUUAUUUUUUAUACAUUUGCAAAAAUGUCUGCUUUGUCAUUAUGGGAGAUUGUGUGUAGAUUGAUGAGGGGGGGAAACAUUUUCAUCCAUUUUAUAAUAAGGCUGCAACGUCACAAAAUGUGGAAAAAGUCAAGGGGUCUGAAUUCUUUCCAAAUGCACUGUAUCUUUUGAGUUCAGAAACAGUUUAAGAAAAUCUAUGGAGGCAGGUGGUGAGUCAAUGUGAUUUUUAAGACAUUGAAAUGAUUAUAAUAUGAGACGCAGUGGGUAUCCUGAGUUUUCUCUUUCUCCAGAGGGCAAGGUGUGGGAAUGGUCAUGCAUGAUAGUAAGACCCAGGUGCCACAUUCCUGUGUCGUUUUACUGUCUUUACCCUUCAGCAAUGAUUUAGAUCGCCAGCGGUUGGAAAAGCAUGGGCAGCUGUAGUACAGUACUGGAUCUAAUAUUUCUCUGUUGUUUUUGGGUCUAAUAUUUCUCAGUAGUAGUAGUGACCAUUCUUCAUUUCAGGGGAUGUUCUGAUCACAGGAAGUAAAGGAGGUUUAAGAGACAUUCAGACAGCUGCAGUGCAUACUGUUCUUGUGGCCCUCCCAUAGUCAACCUCACCCCUGAAUCAUACAGUGUCACGCUGAGUCACAGUGUAGCUCACUGUAGAGAAAAAUGACACACCCUUGUUGUGGAUCAGCUGCUAAAACCUAAAAGCCAAGCAUUUUGAGACACUAUGGCUGAAAUCAAAUAAAGUUUUGAUUUGGUUUGAACUCUUAUGACCUUCUCAUUAUGGAGCUCUCAAUGGUGAAGUUAUACCACAGUGCUAUGUACUGUACUUCCUUUAACAUCAUAUUUGUAUCUCCAACUUGCUGGUGUUGUGAGAACUGCGUAAUACAGCAGAUGAGCCCUUGGUCUCUGCUGUAGGGCAGUAUACUCACUCCUGACCCUGAAGGGUUUCAGGGAACCACCAGCAGAAACAUCAUUGCUAUUAUCUACUUUGUUGCCUUAUCUCCAUACUGUGAACUUCCAAUAAUGUUAUUGCUAGUGAUAUUUAAAAUCAUAACUCUGUUAGUACUGACUUGAAAAACCAGACAUUGAAAUAAAUGUUCCCUGUUUUUGUCGUCCCGUCUGCAGGCUCCCCAGAGACGUGUCAUCCAGAGGGCAGCGGACGGGACCCCAGUGCAGUGGUUUGUGGAUGACGACUCGGAGAUCGUCAGUCAGGUGUAGGACUAGGGAGAGGGCCCCCAGUGCCACCCCCUCUCUGGAAAGCUCUGACCUCCUCCCCCGCCCACAGAGCCCUAUUUAUUCAUUAAUUUAUUACAUCACUGGACCUGGUGCUGAUAUGCGAUGAGAGAGAGAGACUGGGCAUAAUAUCAAAGAGGAUCUGAGGCUUUAUACAUUGACUUCAACAUGUUACCCGGGCAACCAGAAAGUCAAUUAAAGGCACAAAGCAACAGACCACAACGUUCCCCUGCUGCCUCCCUUUUUACUGUGAAAGAGCCGCUGUGUUGAACAUUCUUUCAUGGUUAGUUUAUCUGUUUUUUGUAUGGAUCUAUUGAUGUGUUUAGUACUAUCGAAAAUGUUUCUAAAAUAUGCAUUUAGUUAUUGUUUUUCUAAAAGAAAAAGUUUAUCUUUAGAAAUGAAUAAAUAAUGGAAUAAAGAUGUAUACUGUUAA